AUGACAUGCUGCAGAAACACUGGAGAGUUUGGUUACUGGCAGCUGAGGCACUUCGUAUUAACAAGUUUGGCUUUGGCUCUAGAGGCCUUCCACACCAUGGUCAUGAUCUUCACCGACUGUGAACCGCCGUGGCAGUGUUCUACCGCUGGAUGCUCGUCUGAGUCGAAAAGCGUGUGCCAGCUUGAAACCUGUUCGUGGGAGUGGAUUGGUGGUGCAAGAAGCUCCACGGUGGCUGAAUUUGGAUUGAUUUGUGGGCAGAAAUACAAGAUUGGAUUGGUUCAGUCCUUGUUUUUUGGUGGCUGCAUGACAGGUCAGUUCUAA